GUCACACAACAAGGCCGUCCGGUAAACUGUCAAAUAAGAUAAACACUUCAACCUGAUUGUUGUUAGCACUCCUUCUAACAAAGUUAUAAAACGAAGUAAUAAUUAUACCUCUAAAGUGAUAUUUAUUAUUAAUGUAGUUUCCGAAAAGUCAUAUAAAAUAGUAUUUAUUUAUGUAGUUUUACCGUGCUAACUGUAUGCGACUAUGACAUAACCUCUAACGAAUAUUCCAGUGAAGUGAGCAAAGGAAAUUGAACUUUAUUCUUAUAGUCUUAAAGACGGUUUAAAAAUGAAGUGUGGUAAAAAAGUAGUUUUAUUUACGCUCUUCGCGAUGAACCUAGUGGACCAACCAGCUCCCGAAGUUUCUAUUGAGCAAGGGACUUUAAGCGGUAAAAUAAGCACCGAUGGAUCGUUUUUCGAAUACAUAGGUAUUCCCUACGCUAGUACUAAUAGUACUACGAGGUUCAAGGCACCAUUACCUCCACCAAAAUGGGAGGGUGUAUACAAGGCUGUCGACGAAAUGUACCAGUGUCCACAACAUCCAGUGGGAUUACCCAUUGAAGUAGUUGGUACAGAAGAUUGCCUCAAAGUCAACGUGUAUGUUCCUGCAAGGGCUCAAGGACCAUUACCUGUCAUGGUCUACAUUCAUGGUGGUGCUUACGUUCUUGGAAAUGGAGGAAAAAUGGUUAUAGGACCAGAUUUUUUAGUUAAACAUAAUGUGAUAUUAGUGUCAUUCAACUAUAGACUUGGUGUAUUAGGCUUCCUAUGUUUACACACUGAAGAAGCACCCGGUAAUGCCGGUCUGAAAGAUCAAGUAGCAGCUUUACGUUGGGUUAAGAAAAAUAUAGCAGCAUUUGGUGGAGAUCCAGAUAACGUUACCAUAUUUGGAACAAGCGCUGGUGCAGCAUCCGUGUCGUUGCUUGUUGCUAGCGAAUCCACUGAUGGUCUGUUCAAACGAGCAAUUAUGCACAGUGGAUCAUCUUUAGCAAGUUGGGCCAUAAGCAACGACCCCAUAUCUGUAGCAAGUAAUAUUUUGACUCUAUUAGGAUAUGACACAAAAGAUCCAAAAGAAAUUUACGAAAUAUUUUCUAGAUUAGCAGUCAGAGACAUAGUUUUGGCAACAACACAUAGUCCUAUACCACAGCUUUUAACUAAUUAUCAAUUACCGUUGCCAUGUGUGGAGAAACAUAUACCUGGCGUUGAAUCAGUUCUAACAGACUUACCGUACAAAUUAAUGACUAGAAAUCCGAAAAAUAUUUCUUUAAUGUUUUCCUCAACGGAUAAAGAGGGACUGUUCUUCAUCAACGUUGAUACAAAAGAAACAUUAGAGAGUAAAAACAAACAAACAGUAUUCGGAGAUGACUUAGUUUUUAAAACUAAAGAUGAAGAAAAUGAAAACGACCGUGAAAUAAAAAAGUAUUAUUUUAAUGGAGCACCGAUAAGCGAAAGAAACAUUAUGAAUCUAUCUGAUUUAUACACACAUUCGUAUUUUGAGAUGCCAGUAAUAUUUGAGGCGGAGAUAAUGGCAAAGAAUAUUGAAGCUCCUGUGUAUAGUUACUAUUUCACAUAUUCUGGAGGACGCAAUUAUGUCAAGUCCAGUACUAAAUAUAAAAACGUGGAAGGAGCUUGUCAUGGGGAUGAUUUAUUCUACACGUUCCAAGGAACAAUAUUGCCUUUCAGAGUUAACAAAGAUGAUCAAAUAAUCGUAGACUGGUUGACGAAAAUGUUAACCAAUUUUGCUAAAUAUGGGGAUCCGUCACCAAAAGGGGAGUUUCCAAUCAAAUGGCUUCCCCACACUAAAGAACAAUUGAACUUUUUAACUAUAGGCGAUACAUUGGAGAUGACCUCGAUGAGAAACCCAGAUAUUUAUCACACGUGGAAACGAAUUUACGAUAAAUAUCGAAGAAGUGAAGCUAAAUUGUGAAAUUAGACCUAAGUAACGUGUACUAAUACAAACUCAAUUCAGUAAAUACGAUUACAUGUAAUGUUGAACAAAUAGAUAUUGUAAUUUCUAUGAUCUGACUGACGAUGUCUUGGUCCACAUGCCUUGCGGGUACAUUGUCCACGCCACGUCUAUUUUACUUUUCUACAUGACAAUAGAUUUAUUAUGAAAUUUUCUAUUAUAUACAAGAACCAUCAGGUGUAUUUAAGAUAGCAACAAUUAAAACUAUAUUGUUCUAGUUCAUGUGUAUCAGAUUUUAUCAUUAGAACAAUUUAUUUAGUCAAUU